GCGCCGUGUCCGGGCUCCUAGGGAUCGCCACUCGGUGCGCCCCGAGUCGCUCUCGACGUCCCGCGCACCCCCACCCUGCCCUGCCGCGCUCCUCUCGCCCUUCGAGCCGCGCCGAGCCCGGGCCGCGUGGGCUGAGCCGGGAGCAGGUCCGGGCGCGGGGAGGGGACCUGGCCAGCUGCCGCCGCCGCCUCCCCGCCCGCCGCAAACUUUCACAAAGCGGCGGGUCCGGCCUCAUCAAUCUGCAUUAAUAAUAGUUGGUUGGGCCGCGGGGGGCGGGCGGGGUCCCGGGCCGGUCGGGCCACUGAAAAGGCGCGGGGCGCGGGGCGCGGGAGCCGGGCGCGGCGGCGGGCGGAGGGAGCAAGUGAAGCGUAAUUUGAGGAAGAUGGAUGAGUCCGGAGGGCGACACCCCCAGCCCGCCCGCCCGCCCCCUCCCUCCUUAUGAGCGAGGGAGCGCGGCGCCGGAGCCACACCGCGCCGAGCCCGCGCCCCGCCGCCACCUCGGCCCGCGCGCCCGCAGCGAGCCCCGCGUGUCCGCGCGGGGCGCACGGCGGGGCCCGGGCAGCGCCAUGCAGAGAGCGGCGGGCGGCGGCGCCCCCGGGGGCAGCGGCGGGAGCAGCGGCGGCCCCGGCGCCGCCUUCUCCAUCGACUCGCUCAUCGGGCCGCCGCCGCCGCGCUCCGGCCACCUGCUCUACACCGGCUACCCCAUGUUCAUGCCCUACCGGCCGCUCGUGCUGCCGCAGGCGCUGGCCCCCGCGCCGCUGCCCGCCGGUCUGCCGCCGCUCGCCCCGCUCGCCUCGUUCGCCGGCCGCUUGAGCAACACUUUCUGCGCGGGGCUGGGCCAGGCGGUGCCCUCGAUGGUGGCGCUGACCACUGCGCUGCCCAGCUUCGCGGAGCCCCCCGACGCCUACUACGGGCCCCCGGAGCUCGCUGCCGCCGCCGCCGCCGCCGCCGCCUCCACCGCCUCGAGAAGCAACCCGGAGCCCGCGGCCCGGCGCACAGACGGAGCGCUGGAUGCGGACGAGCUGCUGCCCGCGCGCGAGAAAGUGACUGAGCCCCCGCCGCCCCCGCCUCCGCACUUCUCAGAGACUUUCCCGAGUCUGCCGGCAGAGGGGAAGGUGUACAGCUCAGAUGAGGAGAAGCUAGAGCCCCCAGCAGGAGACCCAGCAGGCAGCGAGCAGGAGGAAGAGGGCUCAGGCGGUGACAGCGAAGACAGCUUCCUGGACAGUUCUGCAGGGGGCCCAGGGGCUCUUCUGGGACCUAAACCGAAGCUGAAGGGAAGCCUGGGGACUGGCGCUGAGGAGGGGACACCAGUGGCCACAGGGGUCACCACGCCUGGGGGGAAAAGCCGAAGGCGGCGCACUGCCUUCACCAGCGAGCAGCUUUUGGAGCUGGAGAAGGAGUUUCACUGCAAGAAAUACCUGAGUCUGACAGAGCGCUCCCAGAUCGCCCAUGCCCUCAAGCUCAGUGAGGUGCAGGUGAAGAUCUGGUUUCAGAACCGCCGGGCCAAGUGGAAGCGCAUCAAGGCUGGCAAUGUGAGCAGCCGUUCUGGGGAGCCCGUGAGAAACCCCAAGAUUGUAGUGCCCAUACCUGUGCACGUCAACAGGUUUGCUGUGCGCAGCCAGCACCAACAGAUGGAGCAGGGAGCCCGGCCCUGAUAGAGCUCCCGGGGACCGGAAGUCCAAGAAUCUGAACCUGUGCCUGCCCAAGACUCACUGGGUACUGCAGCCUAGAGCUGCCUGGUGGACCCUGCUCUGGGAGAGGCCAGCUUGUUCCCGGGACACAUGACUAUUUGGCCUGAGGCUGUUCUAGAGAUGUCAGGACUAGGGGUCUCAGGGAUGCAACAUUCAUUCUGAUCCGGGAGAGCUUCUGGAGCAGAAGUAGACUCCUGAGGUGGGGUGGGCAACCUCUGACAGGGGUGGGGGGUAGUCCUGGUGAUACCAGCCUGGGGCCAUAGUUCCUUAUUUAUUUUGUGUAAAGUUUGUAUAUAUGGAACUAUUUUGUCUUUGUCUGUCUGUACCCCAAAAGGGGACUGGGAAAUUGUUUCCCUGAACCUCACCCACUUUGUCCACCCUACUGCUUUGCUGCUCUUUAGCAUAAGGACAUGCAAAGAAAUGGAACUGUCAUGGCCAAUAAUGGGGGUCAUCAUCAACUCCCUGGUCACUCCUAAGAAUCCCUCCACAGUGUAUUCCUACACCUCCAGUUCCCACUGGGCUACUGUCUUCCCACUUCCUGUGAACAAACCCAUCUGCUUCUGGUGUCUUCUCUUUGGGAGAAGUGGCACACUUCAGGGAGAGACACACUUCAGUUUGCACUGAAGGGAGACCUCGGUUUAGCUUGGAGAACAUGCAAGUUAUCUACAUAGAAGAUGCUGCCCUGUCAGUGAUUAAGGCGAGGAGGCUCACUCCACCACCUGAGCUAAGACAGAGAGGCACACAGCCUCAUCUCUGCCUUCCUCUAUUUAAUAAGCCAGAGCCUGGGGCAGAGGCCCAUUGUCUGUCUGUUUUUGCAACUUUCACUGUGUUUUCUCCUGUCCAUUACAUUGUGAAGUUGGGUUCCCACCAGCCUCUUCCAUUACAGAAAAAGAUAGGUUGAAAGAAGCCACUAUCAGAUGGACAGGACAAGGGUGAGUCCAGGAGGGUGGAGGCAGAGAUUAUGGGCAGAUGAUGUAAACCCACAGCCAGAGGGCUCUAGGUAUCCCCAGAGGCCUUAGGGAAAGAUUCCUACAGAAGCCCACUUGCGGCUGCUGUCAUGGUUAACUAGCUUUUUGGGGAGAAACAGGACCUGUAUGGAUUAGGGAGAAAGGAAUAAAGCUGAAGAAGAAUGGAUAAAACAGUUGCCAGCGAGGGAGAGGAGCAAGCAAAGCCACGCACAUUCCUGACCUGCCUUACAGGCCCCCUCGACCACUGGUGAGCUGAGUGGCAAAUAGUCAACAUCACAUUCAAUUAGCUGUUGAAUGCGUCACGUGAGACCAAGAUGGUCUCUGUCCUUGUCGGUCCGUUUCUCCCACUCAACUCUCUACCGAGGAUACAGACCUGUCUCUCUCUGAUCAGGCUUAGGAAUGUAACUUUGAAAUGCAAUGUAGGCCCAGCUCAUUCCCAGCCAGGGUUACCACAGAGUCGACUCUCUGAUCUACACAGGAGAAGCCAAGGUGGAAGCGAAGCUGUUACCUCUUCAGCAGAGUCGUUCUCCAGGUCCUGAGAAAAGGGAGGCAAGUAGCAAGGCAGAAAACCUGGGGAAGUGGCCAGCAUUCAGGUUUCUGGCUUCCCAUACAGCCGCAACAGUGCUAAGCAGAGGGAGGCAGCCCAAGCAACUUGUUUUUAGGGAGUCUGGGGCUUGUCUGUCCUGCCCAGGUUCUGCCCUUUGUAAGGAUCUUAGUAGACUUGAAAAGGGGAAUGUGGAAGAAAAUAAAAUAAAAUCUGGUUUCCUCUCA